AUGCACCCUGGGGUCCCUGCGGCACUGGGGCUCUCUGAGCCUGGUCCCCGAGAGCUGUGUGCUUUUGUGAGUGGGGCAUCGGCCCACAUGCUGCGGGCCCUGCAGCCCAGACGCACCCGGCCACCCAAGAGGAGGCCCAACCACAGGAGGUUCCUGCACAACCAGAUCUGCAGGCAAUUCGCCAAGAUUGAGGCUGCCACCCAGAGCCUGGCCCUAUCCAUCCUGUCCCAGGAGGCAACCCCCCAGAGAAAGCCAGCCAGAAGGCCACCCUUGCCGCCUCCAUCUCCCUUCCUGGGGGUGGCUUGUGCUAUGGCCCCCAUGGAGGCACCCCAUACCAGCGCCACCCUGAGCCUUGCUGCCCUAGAGGCCUCCACCCUUGACCUCUUCGAUGACAUUGCACUCACCCCAGACUGUCCUUCAGUGCCAUGUGAUCUGUCCUCACAGCCUCCGACUGCUGAUACUCCCCAGCUGGCGUGGGAUCUGUCCUGUCAUGCUCUGGGCCAGGGAGACCUGAGGCAGCAGGACAUAAUGCUGGCACCACAUUGCUCAGAUCCUCUGCCUCUUACACAGCAUGCCCAAUGGGGAGAGUCUGAGACUGGGCAUCUGGACUGGAGCUGGGUGGACAGGUGGGAAGUGCCUAGUACCUGGCAUUCUCAGGGGAUCCGCCAAGACUGGGGGACCCCAUGAUUAUCAACUGCAAUGCAGCCCAGGGCCCAGGACAAAGCAGAGGCCUCACCCAGAAGUCCCCUGACCUGUCCUCCACUCCUUUCCUGACAGACCCUGAGAAAACAAGCCAAGCCCAGACUCCUGCCUCGGGCCAGGCCCAGGGCCCCACCUCUGUCCCUUGGGGACUCACUGUGGGUUGCCUUCUCCCUUCUUUCUUCCCAGCCCCAUCUUGGCAUCUGUGGCUCCCUCUCACCGGGCUCAUCUCUGCCUAGUGGUCUAGGCUCGUCGCAAUUAUUCCCAAGAUCUACUGAGCGCCUACCGUGGGCCAGGCCAGGUGGAGGUGUGGAGGUACAGCAGAGGAUACCCUGCCCUCCUGGCGCUCUCAUUUGUGUGUUUGUGUGUGGAGGAGCCAACAAUAAACGAGUACCCA